AUGACAGUAAAACACACAGCUCUUCUGAUACCAGAGGAUGCUCUUGGAGAGCAUUCUAGUGUUGGUCUAUUGUGGAGAGAAUUUGUGAGUAGUCAUUUCACCUCCCAGUACCAUGGUGUUAUUGACAUCAUUGGACCAAGGCUCUUGCCAACCUCCCCUCAUGAAAAGAAUGAUCACUGUGUUUAUCCAGAACGAGUACAUGAUGAAAGAAAACAAAACCAAACUGAUGGAACUAGCAGUCAGUGGGUGAGCCGGGAGCCGCGGAGGUCACCGUGGGGAGGGGGGGCGGGGGCGGGCAGCGUGGCCGCCUCCUUACGGCUCCAUGGAGCCGCCUCCGGCCUCCGGUACUGGAGCCGCCAGCAGCGACCGGCAGUGGCCAGCCUUGCAGCGGUGUGUUCUAGGUCAAUGGCUUCUAAGACUCCAGUUGGAUUCACUGGAGUAGGCAACAUGGGGAAUCCAAUGGCAAAAAAUCUCAUGAAACAUGGCUAUCCACUCAUUGUUUAUGAUGUGCUCCCUGAUGCAUGCAAAGAGUUUCUAGAUGCAGGUGAACUGUCUUCCCCAGCAGAUGUAGCUGAAAAAGCUGACAGAAUUAUUACCAUGUUGCCCACCAGCAUCAAUGCAAUAGAAGCUUAUUCUGGAGCAAAUGGAAUUCUAAAAAAAGUGAAGAAAGGCUCACUAUUAAUAGAUUCCGGUACUAUUGAUCCUAUGGUUUCGAAAGAAUUGGCCAAAGAAGUUGAGAAAAUGGGAGCGGUUUUCACGGAUGCCCCUGUUUCUGGUGGUGUGGGAGCUGCUCGGUCUGGGAACCUCACGUUUAUGGUGGGAGGAGUCGAAGAAGAAUUUGCUGCUGCCCAAGAGCUUCUGGGGUGCAUGGGCUCCAAUGUGGUGCAUUGUGGAGACGUCGGGACUGGGCAGGCUGUGAAGAUCUGCAACAACUUGCUGUUAGCUAUUAGUAUGAUUGGAACUGCAGAAGCUAUGAAUCUGAGAAUCAGGUUAGGGCUUGACCCAAAACUCUUGGCUAAAAUCCUAAAUAUGAGCUCAGGAUGAUGUUGGUCAAGUGACACCUAUAAUCCUGUACCUGGGGUGAUGGAUGGAGUUCCCUCGGCUAAUAACUAUCAGGGUGGAUUUGGAACAACACUCAUGGCUGAGGAUCUGGGAUUAGCACGGGACUCUGCUGCCAGCACGAAGAGCCCAAUCCUUCUGGACAGUCAGACCCAUCAGAUCUACAGGAUGAUGUGUGCGAAGGGCUACUCCAAAAAAGACUUCUCACCCGUGUUCCAGUUUCUACGAGAGGAGGAGACGUUCUGAGUUUGCCCUUUGGCUGUGGACCCUGUUAGGAACCAAACUCUAUCUUGGAGCCUCUUAUAGCUCACUCCACAAGUAAAUGGGCUGAAUCAAAGGUCACCUGUCUGCUUUUGUUUUUCUAGUUCACAAUAAACCCUGGGAGUUUUCACCCAUUUUUAACUGCUUAUUCUUUUUAUCUAUUUAGCAAACACAUAUUAUCUGAUUUUUUUUUUUUUUUUCCUGCAAGCCACUGAUGGUCUCUGCU